AUGCUCCGCGCGUGCGCCACGCGCGCCCUUCCGCCUGCCGUGACCGAACGACUCCGGCGCGACUACGACGUGCGCCUCAACGCGGCGGACCGGGUGCUCGGCCCCGACGAGAUCGUGGCCGCGGCCGAGGGCUGCUUCGCGCUGAUCUGCAUCGCCACCGACCGGCUCGACCGCGCCCUGAUCGAGCGACUGCCGGACAGCGUCAAGCUGAUCGCCACCUUCUCGGUCGGCUACGAGCAUAUCGACCUGGAGGCGGCCAAGGCGCGCGGCAUCCAGGUCAGCAACACGCCCGACGUGCUGACCGAGGCGACGGCCGACAUCGCCCUGCUCUGCCUGCUGGGCGCCGCCCGGCGCGCCUGGGAGGCCCAGACCCUGCUGCGCCAGGGCCGCUGGACCGGCUGGGCCACGACCCAGCUCUGCGGCACCCAGGUCAGCGGCAAGCGCCUCGGCAUUCUCGGCAUGGGCCGGAUCGGCCAGGCCGUGGCCGCGCGGGCGCGCGGCUUCGGCCUGGAGAUCCACUACAGCAACCGCAGCCGCCUGCCCGAAUCGGAGGAGCGCGGCGCCCGCUACCACCCGGUCGCGGAGGAGAUGCUGGCGCACUGCGACUUCCUCUCCCUCAACGCCCCCUCGACGCCGCAGACCCACCACUUCCUCGACGCCGCGCGGAUCGCCCGCCUGCCCGACGGCGCCGUGGUGGUGAACACCGCGCGCGGCACGCUGGUCGACGACGAGGCGCUGAUCGCCGCCCUCAAGUCGGGCAAGCUGGCCGCCGCCGGACUCGACGUCUUCGAGGGCGAGCCGAGGGUGGACCCGCGCUACUUCGACCUGCCCAACACCUUCCUGCUGCCGCACAUCGGCAGCGCCACGGUGGAGACGCGCGACGCCAUGGGCUUCAUCUGCCUGGACAACCUGGACGCCGGCCCGCACAGCCGGCGCGCGAGCGCGUCAGCGCCCGGCCGUCCAGCGGUCGAGAAAGCCCUCCAGCCACCGGCCGAGCGGCGCGUGGUGGCGCGCCGCGCCGGCGAUCUGCGCCUCGCGCGACUGCGCGCCCGGGCGGGCCAGCCCCUCCUCCGCCUCGUCCAUCCAGCUCAGCAUCAUCUCGCGGGUGACCUCGGGGUGGAACUGCAGGCCGUAGACACGCCCGUCCAGCCGGAAGGCCUGGUUCUCGAACAUUCGGCCGGUAGCCAGCAGCUCGGCCCCGGCCGGCAGCUCGAAGCCUUCGGAAUGCCAGUGAUAGACGUGCAUCGGCUCGGGCAGGACCUCGCGCCCGCGCGGCGUCGGGGUCACCUCGGCAUAGCCGAUCUCGUGCAGCCCCUCGCGGUGGCGCUCGACCCGCGCGCCCUGGCUGCGCGCCAGCAUCUGGGCGCCCAGGCAGAUGCCCAGGUAGGGGCGCCCCGCCCCGACCCAGGCGUCGAUCCAGCGCAGCUCCUGCGCCAGGUAGUCGACCUGCUCGGCCUCGCUGGCCAUCUGCGGGCCGCCGUAGACGACGCAGAGCGCAUGCCCCUCGUCCAGGUGCGGCAGGGGCUCGCCCCUGGCGACGAAGCGCUGGUCCAGGUCGUAGCCGCGGGCGGCCAGCGCCCGGGCGACGCGGUCGUCGCGCUCGUGCUGGGUGUGACGGAUCAGCAAGGCGGUCGGCAUCAUACCCGGAAGAUAGACCGGGCGGCCCGACGGCAAAACCCCGGGGCACCGCGCCAAGCGCGGCUGUUCGCGUCCGCGUCCUCGAUCGACUUGUGCAUGUCCAACGACCCGAGUCCCGCCGAAAGGGCCGCCGCCCCGGCCAGGCCCCAUCCCCUUGAGCCGAGCGCGGCCGACAGGCCGCAGCGCUUCGCCUUCCUGCUGGUCCCCAACUUCUCGAUCCUGGCCUUCACCUCGGCCCUGGAGCCGCUGCGCGCGGCCAACCGCCUGACCGGCCGCCGGCUCUACCACUGGACGCUGCUGAGCGCGGACGGCGCGCCGGUGCACGCCUCCAGCAACGUCGGCAUCAUCGUCGACCAGCCGCUGAGCGACGCCCAGCGUUUCGACACGGUCAUCGUCUGCGCCGGCCUCGGCGCCGAGGUCUAUCGCGAGCCGCGACUCGAGGCCUGGCUGCGCCGCCUGGCCCGCCAGGGCUGCCGCAUCGGGGCCGUGUCCACCGGCACCUACCUGCUCGCCCGCGCCGGGCUGCUGCAGGAGGUGCGCUGCACGCUGCAUUGGGAGAGCCUGCCGGCCUUCGAGGAGGCCUUCCCCGAGCUGGAAGCGACGGCCGAGCUGUUCGAAAUCGACGGCCCGCGCAUGACCUGCUCGGGGGGCACCGCCUCGCUCGACAUGAUGCUCUCGGUGAUCGGCCUGGACCACGGGCGCGAGCUCGCCACCAAGGUGGCCGAGCAGUUCAUCCACGAGCGCAUCCGCAGCCGCGAGGACAAGCAGCGCAUGGCUCUGCGCGCGCGCCUGGCGGUCAGCCACCCCAAGCUGCUCGCCGUGGUCGCCAUCAUGGAGGAGCACAUCGAGGACCCGCUGCCACGCUCCGACCUGGCGCGCAUGGCGGGGCUGUCGACCCGCCAACUGGAACGGCUGUUUCGCCGCUAUCUGGGCAAGACGCCGACGCGCCACUACCUGGAGCUGCGCAUCGACCGGGCCCGCCUGCUGUUGACCCAGACCUCCAUGUCCGUGCUGGAAGUGGCCACGGCCUGCGGCUUCGUCUCGGCCUCCCACUUCUCCAAGUGCUAUCGCGAAUUCUUCGACCGCAGCCCGCGCGAAGAACGGGCGGCGGCCGCGGCGGUGGCGACCUUCCGGCGGCCGCGAACGCGGCCCGCUGCCUCCCCUCCGCCGCGGCGAGCCGCCGGGCUCAUCUCGGGCCAUGGCGAGUUGCGAAGGUUCAUGACUGGACGAACGAUCAGGGCCGCGACUUGGCGUCAGCGUCGGCUGCAAGCGUCGCAGGAAAGGCUCAGGGCAAUGACAGCGACAGCCGCACAGAACGAGAUCCAUGAAAUGGGCACCGGGGCCAUGAAUCUUGACGAACAGGUGGCGCAUCUCCUGCGCCGGGCGCAUCAACGCGCCUCCUCCCUGUUCUUGAGCAUCCUCGGCGAACACCAACUCACGCCCACGCAGUUCUUCGCGAUGGCGCGCCUGCACGAACGGGGCCAGCUUUCGCAGAACCGGCUGGGACGGCUGGCGGCGAUGGACCCGGCGACGAUUCAGGGCGUGAUCCGCCGCCUGGAGGAACGCGGCUUCAUCCAACGCACCCCGGACGUCAACGACCGGCGCCGCAUGGUGCUGACGCUGACCUCCGACGGCCGCUCGCUGGUGAGCCGGCUGCUCGACCAUGCCGACGGCGUCAGCGAAGCGAUCCUCGAGCCCCUUGCCACGCGGCGAUCGGCGAGGCGCUUGGUCGCGAAAACGCGACUGGCGGUCGUGCCCGGCACAGAGCGCCGGCCCCGCCCGGCCGCAGGCUGUCUCGUAAGCCGCCGCGGCCGGGCGCCGUCGCGAGAGCGGAGAACGCGCAUGUUUCAAGCCGUCGAGACCCCGCCGGCCGGGACCUCCGAGCCCCUUUCCGGUCAGAGCCUGCCGGCGGCCGUGUCCGCGCUGCUGGCCGACUUCACCAUCGAGACCACGCCGGGGGCGGCGGCCAAGAUCGCGGAUUACCGCGAGCACCUGCGCCCCGGCGCCACGGUGGCCGUCACCUUCCUGCCGGGCAGCGAUUUCGAGGACACGAUCGCCACCGCCGCGCGCCUGCGCCGCGAGGGCUUCGAGCCGGCGCCGCACCUCGCCGCGCGCUCGAUCCCCGGCGCCUGGGAGCUGGACGACUGGCUGGCGCGGCUGGCCGGCGAGGCCGGGGCGAGCCACGCGGUGGUCUUGGCCGGCGCCGUGGCGCGGCCGCUCGGCCCCUUCGCCUCCUCGAUGGACCUGCUGGAAACCGGGCUGCUCGACCGCCACGGCUUCACCCGCAUCUCGGUCGCCGGCCAUCCCGAGGGCAACCCCGACAUUCCCGACGAGAUGGUGGCGCAGGCGCUGGCCUGGAAGAACGACUUCGCCCGCCGCUCCGACGCGCACUUCGAGGUGGUGACCCAGUUCGUCUUCGACGCGCAGCCGAUCAUCGCCUGGGACCAGGCGAUCCGCGCCGCCGGCAACCGCCUGCCGGUGCGCGUCGGCCUGCCCGGCCUGGCCACGCUCAAGACGCUGAUCGGCCAUGCGCGCGCCUGCGGCAUCGGCCCCUCGAUGCAAUACCUGCUCAAGCAGGCCCGCAACGUCACUCGGCUGAUGAGCGUCAGCGCGCCGGACAAGCUGGUCACCGACCUCGCCCGCUACCGAUUGAGCGCGCCGGAGAGCUGCAUCCAGGGCGUCCACCUCUAUCCGCUCGGCGGCCUGCGCCGCUCGGCCGCCUGGAGCUACGCGGUGGCCGACGGCGCCUUUACCCUGGCGGCUCGCUUCGCCGGGUCCGCCGGCCGCGUCAAACGCGCGCCAUUUCGGACUGCUGGAGCCGGCGCGGUCGAUCCGACGCACGAGGGGGGCGAGAUGGACGAGGUGAGCUUCACCCGCAUGGAGGACGGCACCGCCGCGGACUACGCGCUGGUCGCGCGCGAGGAGGAACGCCUCAAGCAGGCGAACUUCGCCGACAGCGUGCUGGGGCUGCUGAAGGCCAUGCGAGGCCCGAAGCUGGGCUACAAGAUCGACCGCUACCAGCAUUCCCUGCAGAGCGCGACCCGGGCCGAACGCGACGGCGCCGGGGAGGAGCUGGUGGUCGCCGCCCUGCUGCACGACAUCGGCGACACCGUGGCGCCGGACAACCACGCCGAGUUCGCCGCGACGCUGCUGAAGCCCUACGUGACCCACGAAACCUGGUGGAUCGUGCAGCACCACGCGAUCUUCCAGGGCUACUACUUCUGGCACCACCUCGGCGCCGACCGCAACGCGCGCGAGGCCUAUCGCGGCCAUCCCCACUUCGCGGCCUGCGCCGACUUCUGCGCGCGCUGGGACCAGACCGCCUUCGAUCCCGACUACGACACCGCACCGCUGGCGCACUUCGAGCCGCUGGUCCGCCGCGUGCUGGCGCGCGAGCCCUGGGCGCUGUGGAAAGAAACCGCCCCGGCGGCGUGA